AUGAAUACUGGAGAGUAUAAUGACCCCAAGGGGCAGGGCAUGCCACCACCGUACACAGACACACCUCAAUCUCCCCCCACAGCUCCUCUAUACCCCCCUCUGCAACCUGGAGGAAUAGAACUCCAACAACAACAACACCAACAUGGACAGCCCACUGUAAUCCCAGUGCUAGUGGGGACACGGCCAAUGGGUCCCAAACCAAGUUCAUUGACCUGUCCAUCGUGUAAUGCUGAGAUAACGACAAGAGUGCAGUAUAUGAGUUCUACUAAAACCCAUCUGUUUGCUCUUGGACUUUGUUUAUUAUUCUGGCCUUUGGUGUGCCUGCCGUAUUUACUUUCCAGUUGCCAGAAUGCUGAUCAUUAUUGUCCAAACUGCAACGCCUACAUCGGAAGCUACAAGAACUAA